AUGCUCCGCAGUGUGACUCACAGGUCCCAGGUCAGCCCUGACUUUGUGUUAGGUAUUGCUGGAGACUGGAAAAACCACUUCAGCUCAGAGCAACUGACCCGAUUCACCUCUGUGAUUUCCAAAGAGCUGGAAGGUACAAUCUGGAUGCAGGAGAUCCUCCCACUGGUGCUGAAUGGGGGGGAUCUGACCCCCAUCCAUACCAUUCCUAACUGGGAGAGAGUCCCAUGGCUGGAAGAGAAACAACUGGCACGGGUGUUGGAUAGGCUGGCAUAUCCACGGGCACUGGUCUCACAUUUUCCCUACAACCUCAUGCCCCCUUCCUUCUGUGCCUCCAAAGCAAAGGUGAUCUACGUCAUGAGGAACCCAAAGGACAUCAUGGUGUCUUCAUACUACUUCCACCAGAUGGCCGGCUUCCUUGAGGAUCCAGGAACAUUUGAUGAGUUCAUGGAUAAAUUUCUUGAGGGCAAAGUGAUGUUUGGAAAAUGGACAGACCACGUAAAGAGCUGGAGAAACAGUGAACUAGGAGACAGAAUAAUGUACAUUACCUACGAAGAAAUGGUUCAGGACCUGCCUGCAUCACUCAGGCAUAUCUCCGAUUUUCUGGGCUGUAAUCUGACUGAGGAAGUCAUUCAGAAGAUAGCAGAGCAUUGUUCUUUCAAGAGCAUGCAGAACAACAACAUGUCCAACUUCAGUCUAUUCCCCAAGGUGUACAUGAACAGUGACAAGUCUCCUUUUCUAAGAAAAGGUAUUGUUGGAGACUGGAAAAACCACUUCAGCUCAGAGCAACUGACCCGAUUCACCUCUGUGAUUUCCAAAGAGCUGGAGAGUGAGAGCUUCUCUCUGCCAUGGAGCCUGGAUUGA